CCGGCGAGGAAUCUCGAGUGACAGUAAACAAUUUCAGAAGUUUUAUCUCUCCUUUUUCUUGCAAAUCUCUUUUGAUUCGCGUAUCAUAUCAGUUUUAAUAGAAUGGAUGACGAUUUAGAAUACAACUCCAAAGCAAGGAGUGCCAAAAGGGGGCGUAGAGCACAAGCUCAGUCCGAUCCUGCUGUCAUCGAAGAAGAGAAGACGUUUGACCUUGGAAAGGCAGAGGAACCAGAUGACCUUGAAUUGGAAACAGACGUUGCAGCGACGACUAGAACCGGAGCUAGCGCUAAAAAGGGUCGACGCGCCCGGGGCCAACCUGCUGCGGGGGAAUCGCAUGAAGGAAAUGGCGAACACUUGGCGACAGGCAAUGAUGUCAGACCACCAAGAUCAGGUGAUAUGCCACCAAAGCCGUCCAAGCGAGGUGGAUGGGGAGAAGAAUCCAAUGCAACUGCAUCAGCACCAAGGUCAGCGCGGAGGAGAGUGGGAGAAGAAAUGGAAGAACUUGCAAUGGGCGAUAUUGAAAAACAUGAGAGCCAGUCUCCACCUGGAGGAGAGAUAAGUGAGCGCCUGAGACCAAGGACUCCCCAGAAGUCAGAUGAUGAAGGAUCAGACAAUGUCUUUGGACAAACCACCUACUUUGAUGACGGUGAAGGCGAUGACCAAGAGAUUCCAGUCAUUCCUGACCUUGAAGAAUACCAGGAGGAAGACCUCUCACAGCAGAUAGCACAGGCGCCAAAUAUUGCUGUCAACCGAGUGGCGACCUUCAGAGAGUUAGACAACGACCUUCUCAGACAUGCUGCAUUUUUAACUCUGGACAACGAAAUAGAUCUUAAACUCUUGGCAAAGUGGUUGUCAGCUGAGUCAGAAGUUAUUGAGGAGGACCGGCAGUGGGACUGGGAUCGCCUCUUCACGGAGGUCGCAUCAGAAUUAACGACAGAAUGGGAAAAGGACGAAUCAUCAGAGGAAUCAAAAGAAAAAGAUAUAAUAAAAGUUUGAGAGAUAUUGGACUCUUUCCAUUUUGAAGUGUUGAAGAUGCUUUAUUGACACUGGGAUACGUUUGGCUUGCAAUUUAUUGUGCAGGCAGGCAGUUGAAAUUGUUGAAUCUUUAACUUUCGCAACAAAAUAUACUGUUUUGUAUAAAAUGUGAUAAUGUGAUCUUGUCAUGUUGCCAAUAUCAUCUCAAGACACACCUAAUUUGAGUUGUUUGUUAAGUUUCUGAAAACAAAGGUAAAGAAGUUGUAAGCUUGUGAAAUAGUAACUAAAAGACUUCUGUCUGUUUCAGUCGAUAUCAAACCUAUGGAUUUAAAUAUCGGGUAUGCUUAUCUACAGUGUUAACUUUUGUCCAUAUAAUCCGUCCUUAUGCAUGAUCAUAAUACUGAUUAUGUCUUCAUUUGAAAUGUGUAUAAUUGAAGCACUCGGAACUGAAACUGCACAAUUCCUUCUUUAAAACAGCACAAGUCCUUCUUUACAACUGCAACAAAUCCUUCUUUAAAACAGCAGAAGUCCUUCUCAAAAACAGCAAAAGUCCUUCUAUACAACUGCACACAAGUCCUUUAAAACAGUACAAGUCCUUU